UAUCAAAAAAUAUAUACUAUUUUUCUUCUCUUUCUCUGUCACUCAAUAACCGUUUUUUUUAACAACAAUGGCGACGGAAGCUAGCAACAAAUCGUCAUCAGUGUGCUUAACAAACAGCGACGAAAUCAAAAAGGUAUUCAACAAGUUCGACAAAAACGGCGACGGAAAGAUCUCGACGUCGGAGCUAGUCCACAUCAUGAAAUCACUCGGAUCAGAAACAUCAGAAGAAGAAGUGAAGCAAAUGAUGAAAACUAUCGACACAGAUAGCGACGGAUACAUAAGUCUAGAAGAGUUCACCGGAUUCUGCAAAUCAACAUCCAGCAACGGCGGCGAUGAAAACGACGUCGUGGCGAUGAAGGAAUUGAAGGAUGCUUUUGAUCAUUAUGAUUUGAAUAAGAAUGGAUUGAUAUCGAGCAGUGAGUUGCAUCAGAUAUUGAGUAAGUUAGGUGAGAAGUGUACGGAGGAUGAUUGUGUUAAGAUGAUUAAGUCUGUUGAUGCUGAUGGUGAUGGAUUUGUUGAUUUUGUUGAGUUUCAAAAGAUGAUGUCCAGAUCUAACGGCGGCGGUGGUGAAGGUGAAGGUGCAGCUUAGUUAGUGUGUGGUGGCGGUGCAGACUAGUCUAACUUCCUAUGGAUGGUAGGUAGGUAGUUAUGGUUAUGGUGACUUUUUUUUACUAAACAAAUAUGUUUAGGUUAUAAAUAAUUAGAAUAAUGUGUUGCCAGAUCUCUCUCUGAUUAAGCUGUGGAAUUGGUGGUGAAUGAAUGGAUUAUGUUUUCGUGAUUCUAUUUUAGUUAAUGGAUUAAUAUUUGGUUA